GUAACUUAUUAUUGUGACUUAGCUCAUUGACGAAACAAUCACAUAUAUUUCGCCGCACGUGUGUCUUAAUUUAUUGUUAUUUUGUUUCUAAUAGGAAUAUUUCAAGGUCUGUAAUUUUUGUACAUUUAAAAUGCCUCCAGUGCGCAAAAAUAAAUCUGGAGAAUCCAGUAGAGCUGUUGCGAAACUAACUGUGGAGUCAAAUACCGUGGUUUCUGGUCAGUUAGAUAAAAAGCUAAAGAAACAGCAACAAAAGCAGAAAGAUAAACGUGGAGUGGUUUUCUUAAAACAUCUGCCACAUGGAUUUUUUGAAGAACAAUUAAAAAAUUACUUCGAACAGUUUGGUGCAGUAACUAGAUUGCGACUUGGUCGAUCGCGUCGCACAGGUGGCAGCAAAGGCUACGCCUUUGUGGAAUUUGAAUAUCCCGAAGUGGCAGAGGUGGCUGCAGAAACAAUGGACAAUUAUCUAAUGUUCAAAAAAGUCGUUAAAGCUGCAUACAUACCACCAGAGAAACAACUAUAUAACUAUUUUAGAACAUCAGUGCGAAAAGUGAAAAACAAGGCUGGUAAAGAUAUAUAUGUAUCCCACAAAACAGCGGCAAUUCAGCGCAAAGUUAAACAAAUGAAUAAUUGGUCAGACAAAAAUUAUCAAAAGCGGGCUUUAAAAAAGUUGGAGAAAGUUAAAAAACUGAAUGAAAAAUACGCACAUUUAGGAAUUGAUUUUGAGAAAGUUCUUAUUGAACCAAAAAGAGUUGGACUCGAGGAUGAUAAUGUUAUUGAAGAAAAGUCUAAAGCUACAACCGAUUUUAAGAAAUCUAAUUCUGUUGAAACGAAAAAAACAAAGAAAAAUUUGGAACUCCAGGACCUCUUAGGCAACACAAUAAACGAAGAUUCCGCAGAUGAAGAUUACAUUGCCAAUUCAGAGAACGACGAUAGUUCUGACGAAGAAGAAAGUUUUGAAAGUACUGAUGAAGAGACGUACGGCUUUUCUAAAGAUUCUGAUGAUGAGCAAAAUACCCCUUCGAUUAAAAAGUCGAAAAAAGGAAAACCUUUAAAAGCACAAAAAGUUGAUCGACUAGAAAAGUUAAUUAAACGCAAGCCAAAGACAGGUGGCAUACAGAAGGCAAAAAAGACGCAAAAAUCAACUGUCUCCAAGAAACCAGCAAAAAAUAUUGUACAAGUAAAAGCUGCGAAGGAACUACUAAAAACACAAACCGCAAAGAAAGGAAAAUCGGUCGGAUUAAAAGCCAAGUUGGCUAAAAAUCAAAAGUUAAAGAAAUAGUUUAAUUUUACUGUACACACAAUUAUAUAUUUCAUCUAAACCCUUUAUACAAAAUAAUAAUACAAAAAAAAACUUAAAAAAUCUUAAA